GCACCGUGAGCGCCCCAGUUUUCUUACCAACGCGCUACGGUGCGGACGGAUCGGAUAUUACCGUGUGCUGCCCCGUUCGGUGGUGGUGCGUGUCACAAAUUAGGAAGAAAAAAAUAAAUAACGACAAACAUACUGGCGGCUACGGACACGAUCACUUGCCAGCUGCUGACGUACCGACUGGGUCAGAGAAUUGCUUAGUUGUUGAGGGAGGCGAAAGAAAGGCGUUGCCGUUGGCGGAGGCGAAGAAAACCUGACCAUGACAGUGGCCCGCUUGUUCGUCGUGUGUGUUAGAUAGAAAGGUUUGCUAGUCCCGUGCGGAGAAUACCGUCUGAGUGUAUAUUUAAAUUUAUAAUCUAGCAGUUGUUUUGGCUUCCGUUGUGUACCACGGUUUUGACACUGUGUGUGCGCGUGUGUGUGUUUGUGUCAAAAUGUCCGCAGCAAAUGCCUGCCCUGAAUUACUAAUCAACCAUAAAUCAGCCACGAUGUAACAAGUGAUUUUCCAUCUAGCGAGUGAGCACUGCUGCAAAAAAUUGAAUCUGUGUUCUGUGCGCGUACUUAAUAAAAACGAGUGAUAAUAAUCAUAAAUUUAAGCCCAUUGAGCAAAGUGUGUUUGUUAGAGUGUCUGCCUGUAUAGUAGAAGCGGAAGAGCGAUAAAAAAACCGAAAAAAUGCGUUACGCGUGAAGCAGGCAAAAGUGUUUUCUUGCUAACUUGUCGUGCUUUUCAUCAUUUUGGAAGCAGCUUGGAUCGCCACCUCCCCAACAAGCGCCCAAUCAGCUCUAAAGAAAUGAAAAUACGAACCACCCGAACCGAAACGACGGCAACGAACAGGUAUUGAAACCCUGGUUCGCAUUCGAUUCGUCUUCGCCUAGUAGGCUUGCAGACACCCAGCCGCACCCGGUGCAAUUCGUAGCGCACCACCGCCGUCAUGAGGGGGACAGCGAACAGCUUGCCACUGGAAGGGCUCUGCUGGUGGUUGGACCUGUACUUCACCACGGUUGCACGGACACAGUGAAAUUGUGUGUGUGUUUGUGUGUUUUUUUACCAUACUCAAACAGCCAGUGAAAAGAGCAUCAGAAAAGGAGAAGGAGAAAAGCAAGGUGUACCAUCGAACGCCCGCGGUAUGGAACGAACUGUCUCGUGCCGCCCAGUGACAGAGUUCUCCCGAAACGCACAGUGUAGAAACUAUUAGUAACCGUGCACUUGGUACAGUGAACAGUAACGAAACGAAACAAAAAAAAACCACACCAGAGCACAUACAACGCAAGCGUCAAUGCGCGCGGCAUCGCACACGGAGCGCUCACAAUGAACGCGUCGAGCCUGGACUAUGAGGUGCGGCACCUACUGCUUGGCAAUGGGAGCAGCAGCAGCGGCGGCGGCGUCGGCCUCGGCAGCGGCAUUGGCGGCACCGGCCCCAGCAGCCCGGGCGAGGAGUCCGCGCUGGUCGGCAACCUGACCGCGCGGAUGGUCGGCGCCACGAACGAGAGCGUGCUGACGGUCGUGUCCUGCUACGACGACUACCUGCCCAACGAGCUGCUGGUGGAGUUCGAGUUCUGGAUCAGCGGUGUGGUGAUGAACAUCGUCGCGCUGAUCGGCAUCCUCGGCAACAUCUUCUCGAUGGUCAUCCUGUCCCGGCCGCAGAUGCGCUCCAGCAUCAACUACCUGCUGAUCGGGCUGGCCCGCUGUGAUACGGUGCUGAUCCUUACCUCCGUGCUGAUCUUUGGCCUGUGCGCGAUCUACCCGCACACCGGCUACCUGUACUACUAUCACUAUCAGAUCUUUCCGAAGAUUUCGCUCGUCGUCUACCCGCUGGCGAUGAUCGCCCAGACGGCGAGCGUCUACCUGACGCUCACGGUCACGCUCGAGCGGUACGUGGCCGUCUGCCAUCCGCUGCGGGCGCGCGCCCUCUGCACGUACGGCCGGGCCCGGCUGUACGUGGUCGGCAUACUGGUCUUCUCGAUCCUGUACAAUCUGCCCCGGUUCUGGGAGGUGACGCUGAUCUCCUCCACCCACCCGGACACCGGGCUGACGAUCUACUGCGUCAAAGCGUCCGACAUGCGCACGAACGAGACGUACAUCAAGGUGUACAUCCACUGGCUGUACAUGAUCUUCGUCUACUUCCUGCCGUUCAGCUUGAUCUCGUUCUUCAACCUGAUGAUCUACCGGCAGGUGCGCCGGGCGAACAAGGAGCGCCAGCGGCUGUCCCGGUCGGAGAAGCGCGAGAUCGGUCUCGCGACCAUGCUGAUCUGCGUGGUGAUCGUCUUUCUGCUCUGCAACCUGCCCGCCAUGAUGAUCAACAUCGUCGAGGCGUUCUACAGCGUGAUCAUCGAGUACAUGGUGAAGGUGUCGAACCUGCUCGUCACGAUCAACUCGAGCGUCAACUUCUUCAUCUACGUCAUCUUCGGCGAGAAGUUCAAGCGCAUCUUUCUGCUGCUUUUUUGCAAACCCCGCGGCCGCCAGUCACCGGACGACGGUCUUAUACACGACGACAGCUCCUUCUCGAACGGAGACGCCAGCAACCGGAACUCGGGCCGGUUUCAGCGCGUCGGCACCACGCGCAGCACCUCGACCAAGCUGAGCAACUGUAGCAUGCGCACGAUCCGCACGACGGUCCGCAGCACCCGGGCCCCGUCGCCCGGCCCGAUCGUCUACUACCCGGCGCGGGAAACGCUGCCCCGGCUCGCCCAGCCGCCGACGAUCACGCGCAGCAGCUCGAUGUUUCCGGACUGGAGCGCGCGGGAGAACGGCACGAACGGGGGCAUCAUGAUGGCCUCGUCCGGGUUCUAGAGUUUGCCGGGCAUGCCGGGCGCCACCACACCAGCACUGAGGUUUCGAGCUUUAAUCUGUAGCCGUACGCCUAGCGAGGAGCGAGCCCGCGCGCGUGGGCCAGCUGCCCCGUUUGAAAGGGAAGAAGCUUUUUUAUGUAUUUGUUUUGUGUUUUUUGUGUGCUAUUCGUCCCAAAACAGUUGGAAGCAGUGGUGUUAGAGCGAAAGGAUAGACGUACAGGUUUUUGAGUCAUCAAUUGCGAACAAUCCCAGCACGUGAUGAAAUAUCCGCCUCAAAGUGGCGAAAGUCGCACUGGCAAUUUUAACGCAACCGGUACACGUUUGCGAGGAAAGGCAAAAGAGCGAACAAAACGAAUGAUAAUUAGUACACCUCAGUUUUCCUUUCGUUUGCUAUCCACCCGGGAGCACGAUGCUUGGGAGCACUCCAUAAUGCGCGUGCACAGCAUUUUCACAGUGCUCGUCUCAUUUUUCAACCCUUGAUAGCGCGUUCCACUUCAGCGCCUUUUGGCGCGUAGCUUAAUUGUGAUUAAUGAGGCGCACGUCCUGCAAUCCGUGGCACAUCCUCCUGACGAACGGUACUAAUCGAACUUGGGGAGGGGUUGGGUUUGGAAUGAGGUUUUUCUCUUUAUAAUGGAAGCUAUUCAACGGUGGUGGAAUGAUCACUGCUGAAAGUUGUUUCCCGGCAGUCCAGGGAGCAGUCCAACGUGAGCUGAUGCUGGCGAACGGUGAUUAUUUGAUAGAUAAACUUUGGCACAGUUUUGCGGAACCGGAAGACGAAGUGCGUCUGGCGUUGAAUUUUGCAGAAUGCUUGAAAAGAUUGGAUGAUCCUUCCGCUAUGCGUGCAAAAAAUGGGUGAAUCGUUCAUUCGGGUAGCUUUAUUACUCGAGGUUCAUUUUUCUGUUGGCUUUUUGCAGCGAUUUCAAAUUGGAAUUUAUCUAGCCAAAAUCAUUCGAAGUCAAGAGUCCAGUCCAACUGUAUUCCAGUAGCCAAUGCGAUGUUUUAUCUGCUCAUCAAUUCCCAAUUUGUUUGCGUAGUUCAAAUUACUCUUGGACGUUCCCGUUCGCUUGUUACGCUUUCUUCCUGCAGCAGCAGCAGCAGCAGCAGGAAAUGGACGAUUUGUUAUUCUUCCAUCUCCGAGUCUCACUUCCCAGUCAAAAAGAAAAUACCGAUUUCAUCACCACCACCAAACGUCUUUCUAAUUGCCGUUCUAAAUUACUUUUUUCCUUCGCUAGAGCUUCCUGUCUGCACUAUAUUAUCGUUGCCGUCGUUUCGUUUCCCUUGUGAGGCUAACAUAAAGGGGAUAGAAUGGAACGUUGCUCCAGCGCCAGCCAAUGUUUGGUCUAUAUCAAAUCUCACACGCAAAGCAUAAAAAUACCGAAAGCCGGCAAACGAAAAAGUCUGUUCGACAUUCAACGAAUCAUUUUCUUUGGCUUUGCUCUUGAUUCGCUCGAUUGUUCCACGUGAUAGGGGGAGAAGGAAAACUUUUAAUCCUCCAUCAGCCAUCGCCAAAUGCGAUCCGUGGGAGAUAUCUCCAACGGAGCUGCAACAUCCAACGACCAUCUCUCUUCCGGUUGCCUUCAACGCUCAACAUGUUGAGGUCCUGCGUUUUUAUCCUGUCCUUUACCACCCCGCAAAGGAUGUGGGCUUCGUGUCGUGCUGUGAAUGAGAUUGUUUCUUUUUUGUUUGUGUUUUUAAUUUCGCUUCGUGUUAUUCAUUUUGUUUGCCUCGUCGACACGGAGCUGAGCAAGCUAAAGUUGGCUGAACGCCGUUUGGCGUUCAGAAUUUAAUCUAACCAAGCGAACGGUGGGGAACAAUUUGUCACCGACCAUUGCCAGUACGCGGUAAAGAUACUCGUGAAGUGUUCGCUUGGAAGUAAAAAUCAGAUUAUUAAUUUUUAUUUAAUUUUUUUUUUACGUUUUGCGAAGUGGGGCUAAGAAUGGGACGAAUAUUUCGAGUGAUUAUGCUUAGUUAAUGCUUUCUAGUGCGCAAAAACGAUCAAGUUUCCUGUGUACGCUUGCGAGUUGAUUUCAUAGCAACACACUUGCAAUCGUUCCGAUAGAAAAAAGUGAAAAAAGAGCUAAUCAAAUCCCUGAGCACUGCUGCUCAAUGCGCAUUAGUGGCGCCAAUAUGAUCGAUUGCGUAGCGCAUAGGUAGGUUGCAUUUGUUUCCGUUUAGUUUCGUAGUAUGUUAAUGUCUACCUCAUUAGUUUACUGUAGUUCCAGCAAACUGUAUCAGCCCGAGCAUUGAGUGCAAACGGUAUCACAUAAGUUAGUGGUAGGAUGAGAUGAGUUUUCACUUUGUUUACCCAAAACUUCCCCCAGCCCCGGUUUGGUUGCCAUUUGUGUCCGUGAUAUGUGCUGCUGCAAAACCCACUUUAGCACACCUUUUGCUUUAAACUGCAAACCUUCAACUAUGCAGCUGUGCGAUGCUGCGAAGCAAAUUGUUUGUGGCGGUUCCGUGGGGUAAAAUGCGAAAGGUGAUAGGAGAAAAGGAAAUCACUAGAAAUCAAACGCCUGAGCAGAUAAAACACACACACACACACACACACACACACACACACACACACACACACCCAAACACACACAGACACACUUCAAAUUCGAAAAUAUGAAAACUAUUCAAUUAGCUAAGUGCGGUGGCAAAAAAAAAAAUGGUUACUAUCGUGUAGUGGAAAUGUAUUCAUUGCAGUGGAUAGUUUCUAUUACUGUAAAUAUUGUUGACCCUAUUGUACAUACACAGUCCCUUUCUUCGCCCGGAGAGGCCACAGUGAAGGAGUAGCAGCGAACCGUGCAGAGGUAGAGAUCUUUUAGAAAGGAUAAUUAGAAAAUCAUCCCCCCCCCCCCCC